CUCGAGGUAAGGUGUGGCCUGCGGCAGGUUGGCUCGAGGAGCAAGGGAGAGUGAGUGAGGAAGAAAAAGAUAGAAGGUGAGACACGAGAAUCGUCGUUGGUAGUGUGCGAAGAAAGAGAAGGAACGACGAAAAAGGAGAAGAGGAGGAAAAAAAGAACAGGAAGUCGGUACGGCAACUGAGGGAAGACGCGUCGAGCGAUGCUGGAGGGAUUCGUGAGGUGAGGGCGACGGUCUGGUCUCAGACCGAGUACCUACCUUGUUCGCUUCGACCGAUUCGGUUCGGUCCAGCGUGUACCGCGCAGCAUCCUUUUCUCGAGAGGAGGGCAAGAAAGAUCCGAGGAUUCCGUUGAGCGCGUGGCAACACAGCAAAUAAUUCCGUGGAGAAAAAGUGUUUCGGAGUCACGUCUAUCCGUCACCCGAAGAUAAUGCCACUAUCCGCGACAGGUCGAGAUGAAGUCGGUUCGCGCGAACCUCGAAACCCGUGGUUGAGAUAAAUUCAGAAAGUGACCAGCGUGGAUCAUGCAUUUCCCCACCGAGCUGGAACAGUCCGCGGCUGUGGCGUUAAUUGGGCCUGUCGUCUUUAUUUACGAAAGGAUCAAUAAUCGAGACGAGCUGGUGGCAGUGGAGAAGGAGAAGGAGGAGGAGGAGGAGGUGGUGGAGUAGAAACGGCGUUGAAGUGCUACAGGAAGUAAUGGCAACACGUGAGAAUAAAGCUCAGGAACGCGAACGUGCGUCCGGAUGUCUCUGAGAAACACGUUCCAUCAUAUAAGUCCAAGUGCCAUUUCAUUGUAUUUGAUAAAUGUUAAGUACACGUAUGCUUGUUUUGCACUAUCCGCAGAAACAAAUUAAUAACAAGUUUACGUUCUGUGAAAUAUCAUGCGUGUGUACUUAGAUCAUCUUGCGCCAAUCUUUAGUAACAUGUUAUUCAAAAGUGCCAUAGAAAGGAAGAGAUUCUUCUAAUGUCGUGAAGCGGAGGACAUCUGCUUUGUAGAAUACAAUGGAAGGUAGAGAGGUCUUUGCGACAAAGGAAUUGCUUCUGUGAAAAAAGAAGGGUGUGUUUUAAAAGAAUUAAAGACCAAAGAAGCAUCAGGAAUUUGAAUUAAAACUUGCAACAUGCCUGGUGGAAAUGCUAUGGAGGAUGAUCUUGUGGGUCCUGAGUGGCUCUUGAGAGAACUUAGAUCACACAACAGUCCCAGCAAGCUUCUUAUCCUAGAUUGUAGAGCACAUUCUGAUUUUUCUGAAACUCACAUAAGAGGUUCGGUUCCUUUAGCUAUACCUAGUAUCAUGCUAAGGAGGCUGGCAGCAGGUAAAGUUGAUUUGUUAUCAACUAUAAGGUGCUCGGAUCUAAGAAAUAGAGUUGAAGUGUUUCUGUGUGGCGAAGAAAGCAGUAGAGGGACAUUUGUGUUGAUUGGUGACUCUACAGGCCCUGCAGGACAUCAGGGUGAAACAAUUCAAGUUUUAAGUCGAAGAAUUAGAAACAGUGGAGGAUGUGUAGCUAUUUUAAUUGGUGGUUUUGGAGCAUUCAGAGAUAGAUAUCCUGAAUGGUGCGAAGGCAGUCAAGCUAGCGGCGAAGGACCUCCUGGUCAAGAUGCUAAUGAAGGUGAAUUAAUGGGUCUUAGAUCCCUUCGAAUAUCUACUCCACCAACAAGGUCUUAUUCAGAUUCUGACAGUGAUAGUACAUGUGAUUCUGUUGGGCCUGAAGAAGAUAAAGACUUUCCAGUUGAAAUUUUGCCUCAUUUGUAUCUUGGAAAUGCAGCCAAUAGCGAGGAUAGGGAAGCGUUAGCACGUCACAGGAUACAAUACAUUCUCAAUGUAACUCCAGAUUUGCCAAAUGUAUUUGAAAACGCUGGUUCGAUAAAAUAUAUGCAAAUACCCAUAAGCGAUCAUUGGAGCCAGAACUUAGCUAGUUUCUUUCCACAAGCAAUUCAAUUCAUUGAGGAAGCUCGAAGCUCGGACAAAGGAGUGCUGGUUCACUGUUUAGCUGGAGUAUCGCGGUCCGUCACAAUUACUGUAGCCUACCUUAUGCACAAGUGUAGCCUCAGUUUAAAUGACGCUUUUAAUUUAGUACGUAGUCGAAAAUCUAACGUUGCUCCAAAUUUCCAUUUUAUGGAGCAAUUACAUAGUUUUGAAAAGGAACUGAGAGAUCGGGGUGACAGAAACAGGGGGAAUGAUCAAAGAUGUAUUGGGGCAUGUCGACCUGGAGGUCCUUGCAAUUGUCCAGCACCUAGUUUUCUCAGCCCUAUCGAUUUAGGUCUCAGUCCAGAUUCAGGUAUAGAAUUUGAUAGAUGGGCGGCGAGUACGCCGGCCGAAUGAGACGGGUCAGGGGGGACCCAAUAUAAAUUUUAGGUCCCUCCUAGUAUGUCACAUGUCAUAGUAGAAAAGCCCUAAUUGAAGGGUACGGGAAACGAAAUUUUACAUUUUGCUAGGGAAAUGAUGAUCGAAAUACGGUGUAAAAGUAGACGAUCAGAUAUGUUUGUUGCGUACUAACUGACGAAGUUGUUAAACGGCUGAGCCUUUCCACUAUUUUUCUAUAUAAAUUCUUUCCUAAGGCUUUGCAGCCAUGAUCUAUUACCACAUAAUAGAAAUUGAACGAUAACUAAGUAAUGGACAUUGUUUCUUAGAAUAUACUCCGAACGAUUCGGAUGUAAACAAAUAUUUAAUUUUACGAGAAAAAUAACAAAUGUUCUUGUUAUGAUUCUAAAUCCUUACAUUUCUCGUAUAUUGUCAAAUUAUUAUAAGGUAUAAAUCAUAUUGCAAUCUAGGGGGGGGGAAAAAAAUAGGUAGGACUGCGGAGGUUCUAUGACUUUUUUUCUAAGUUGUCAGGGUAGCAUUAAACAUUGAAAGUAUUUUAUAUUCGAAAUCUGUACUUUCUUACUAUAUACUACAAUUGUAAUUGUAUAUUCUGAAAUUAUGCUUCCAAUUUCGAAGUUCUUCGUGCAAAUUAUUAUAGUGCCCGAGACACAUUGAAUUUGUUGUUUAAUACUAUGUUGUUCCCACAUGUUUCUAGGAUACAAUUUUAUACAUACACUAUAUCUUGAAUGACAAAAUCUAUAUUUUUAAUACUUAUUCCCUGAACCCUUCAAUUAAUGAGGCUGUGUUUGUUUCAUCUCAGACGAUGCUUACUAUGGAAUGAAAUAUUCUCUAACAAAUUAAGUCGUCAACCAGGCAAUCACGAGUAGUUGAAGUAAAAAUCACUGCUUAAUACACUAAGUUUAAGUUAUCGGAGGUACAAAAAUUGAAAAAUGUCUCGUACUCAGCAGUUAGAUUUUAAAUUAUAUACAUAUAUAUACAUAUACGAGCAUAUGUAUAUGUAUGUAUGUGUAUAUACGUACACGUAUAUGUAAAGUAAUUUGAAACUCAAGCGUAAUUUUUGACAUAGUUUUUCAAUACACAAAAGUGACUUAUCUUGAGAAGCGUAUUCUCGCUGCAUUGUGACUUUCAAGAUGCAAAGUUGGUAUGCACGGUUUCUCGAGUGAAUAUCUCGGUUAAAUAAAUUUAAGGAGUACAUCUUAUGGAUCAGUGCAUUUCUAUAGGGCAUUCCGAAUCUCUCCUACUUCCGAAAAAAAAUCAGGGUCGUCGUAGACACAUAGGAGUUCAGAAGCUUUACGUUUUGAAUUAAGCUGGGUGAAAAGUAUCUACAGUUACUUUUACCAAGAAGUCUAAUAGUCAUGAAAUGGAAAGAGAAAUGACUCGUAUACAUCAGAAUUCUGCCAGUACAAGUAAAAUUGGUCUUUGAAAUUUUUUAUAGAAUUUUUUUAUACGGCGGUCUUGAUUCUGUGCGUCGAUACAAGAAUGCAACUAAUUAUACGCUGUACAGCAAUUUGAACACUAAAUUUUGAAUUGUACGAAUCAGCACUGUUUCUAUUAUCUUACAGAUCUCAGAUAUAUAUUUAAAAUUAUUUUUGUAAAAAAGAAAAACGAAUCGCAUUCACAUUCCCAUAAUGAGCCACAAUGACCUGAUAUACUGUAAACUAUCUUUCAUGUACUAUAUGUAUUGUUCAUUGAGCAUAAUUGAGGUUAAUAUGAGUGUACACAGUGAAUGUUAUUUUCCAUGUAAUUAACUACAAAGUUGUGGUAAUGAACUCUUGAUUAUUGCGGGAGUGAAAUUGAUAUACAACUAAGGAAAUAUAUAUUUGACGUUAAUGUAAUAACAAUAUUCUACUAUUACACUGUUGUCUGUUGUAUGUUUAUCGAGCGCGAUACUCGAAAGAUUUAAUCAAAUAUUAUGUAUAUUAUAUAAAUUAUUAUUUUAUAUUCAUCGUUGUACAUAUAUUUUAAUUAAUUUUCAUUAGAAAUACAACUUAU